AUGAAAAAAAAUGAGUUACAUAAAAAUGCAUUAUACGAUUCAGAAGAUGACUCUCAACUUAUCUUUAAAAACUAUACAAAAGAACAAUAUUUGAAUAGCCAUACAAAAGAACAACAUUUUAAUAAAUAUACACAGAACUUACAAAAAAUAAACAGUAAUAAUAUUCAAAAAAAUAAAUCAUUUUACACAAAUCUAAGUUGUCCUGUUCUGACACAACAAGAAAUUAAUCUUCUAGAAAGAGAAUUUAUUCUUAGGAGACUAAAAUUUAAUAAAUCUAACGUAAGAAAACUUGCUAAAGAUCUUGGACUGCCUCAUAAAAAAAGUAUAAACUAUUUUAUGUCGAAAGUUAGAAAUGCGGGAGAAGAGCUUAAUAGUGAAAAAUACAUAAGAGAUAUUAAAAAUAUUAUGAAUAGCAUUAAUAAGUCAUGGAAUAAAUUUGUAGAUGGAUGUUAUAGAUACAAUAUGUAA